AAGGGCAGAGGCUGAAGGCGGCCGGCGCUGUUCCUGUGCCUGGGUUUUCGGGGGGCGCUUUUUUUAAUUUUCUCCCGCGGCCAUGGAGAUCACCAGGCAGAAUUUUAAAGAGCGCCUAAGCCUAAUAUAUGAAGCAAUCGAAGAAGCGGAUUUUCUGGCAAUUGAUGGGGAAUUUUCAGGGAUAAGUGAUGGACCUUCAGUAAGCACACUAACAAAUGGCUUGGAUACACCAGAAGAAAGAUAUCAAAAGCUGAAAAAGCAUUCCAUGGACUUCCUUCUCUUCCAGUUUGGACUUUGCACAUUUAAGUACGACUCUGCAGAGAACAGACACAUAAUGAAGACAUUUAAUUUCUACGUGUUUCCAAAGCCACUUUCUAGAAAUUCUCCUGAUGUUAAGUUUGUUUGCCAGAGUUCGAGUAUUGAUUUUCUAGCAAAUCAAGGAUUUGACUUCAAUAAGGUCUUCCGAGAUGGGAUCCCAUACUUAAACCGGGAAGAGGAAAGGCAGCUUCGAGAGCAGUUAGAAGAAAAGCACCAUCAAUCUAAUGGCACAGGAACGCCAUCUUUCAUCUCGCCAAACUCCACCAAAGGGCCAAUUGUCAUUCCAGAAGAACAUCGAAGUUUUAUUGAGAAAAUUGUGGAGAAAGUUGAAGAUCUAUUGAAAGAUGACAAAGGUAGUAUAGAACUGGAUCCGUGCACUGGGUUCCAGCGAAAGCUCAUUUAUCAGACUUUGAACUGGAAGUUUCCAAAAGGGGCUCAUGUUGAAACUUUGGAGAAUGAAAAGAAGGAGAGAUACAUUGUGGUCAGUAAGCUGGAUGAUGAGGAACGGAGAAGAAGAGAAGAACAAAAACGAGCAAAAGAACAGGAAGAAAUGAAUGAUGCUGUGGGGUUUUCCAAAGUAAUAUACGCCAUUUCAAAAUCGGGUAAAUUGGUUGUGGGACACAACAUGCUACUGGAUGUCAUGCAUACAAUUCAUCAGUUCUUCUGCCCCCUGCCUGAUGAGCUAAAUGAAUUUAAAGAAGUAACAACAAGUGUAUUUCCCAGGCUUCUAGAUACAAAACUCAUGGCAAGCACACAUCCUUUUAAGGAACUGAUAAUGAAUACGCCUCUUGCAGAAUUGGAAAAGCGAUUAAAAGAUGCACCUUUUAGACCUCCCAAAGUUGAAAGUGUGGAGGGAUUUCCAAGCUAUAACACUGCCUCAGAACAACUGCAUGAAGCAGGUUAUGAUGCAUAUAUAACUGGCUUAUGCUUCAUCUCCAUGGCCAAUCAUUUGGGUUCGUUUCUCAGCCCUCCUAAAGUUUUUGUUCCUGCAAAAUCUAAACUGGUUGAACCUUUUAUUAACAAACUGUUUUUAAUGAGAGUUAUUGACAUUCCCUACCUAAACCUCAGUGGACCAGAUUUGCAGCCUAAGAGGGACCAUGUUCUUCAUGUUCGUUUUCCCAAGGAGUGGAAGACCAGCGACCUCUACCAACUUUUCAGUGCCUUUGGUAACAUCCAGGUGUCUUGGAUAGAUGAUACUUCAGCAUUUGUAGCAUUGAGCCAAAGAGAGCAGGUACAAAUCGCUGUAAACACCAGCAGGUAUGCAGAGAGUUACCGGAUCCAGACAUAUGCAGAGUACAUUGAAAAGAAGCAAGAGGAGAAGCACACCAAGAGGAAGUGGACUGAGGAGAGCUGGCGGGAAGUGGAAAGGAAGAGACUAAAAACCCAGUACGCUCCACAACCUUACCUUAGCCAGAUGUUUGAUUUCAACAGAGCAAAUCCUGUGGUGAGCAAACGAAGUAUGAGUCCUAUUGAGGAAGAGACGGUAUCCGAAGAGAUAGAGGAGAAUGCAAUCACAAACAAAGAUGAUGAGAGUGAUAAUUCAGGUAGUGCCUGGAUAGAUUCUUCAAUAACAGAAACCAGAAACAUCAAGAAACAACGGCAGAGAAAGGAGCAGCAGCAAGGAGAGACUGGUAAGGGAUCUCCUGACAUUGCCAAUUUGACGAGAGCCAUGGCAGUCUUUUUAAGACUGUCACUUGCAGCAGUGUCCCUCCUUUUGACAAGUGUUGCUGUUGGCGUAUACUUCAGCUAAGGCAGCAGUAUAAAUGCCCAUACAGAGUUAUUUGAAGUCCCAGACACGUGGUGACAUGAAGCACAUGGAUUUACAGAGUGGUAUCUUCCAAGAAUGCAGUGACAUCCGAUUUGCAAGCCAUAUUGAACCGUGAGCUCCAAUCUUCAUGUGGUACAAGACAACUUUAAAAAAUCUUUAUGUAAAAAGAAUUUUUAACUGUAUGAAUAUGACCCAACAUUGCAUUAAAUAUUUUAGGUUUUGUUUGCUUUUUUUUGAGAAACAGAUGGGGUUUGAUUGCAUUUUGAAUAUUCUACUAGUAUCAUUGCUUAACCUGCAUUUCAAGCCAGUCAUGUACUUCUGAUAAAUUAGAACAGCAACCAACAUUGGAAGUUGCCUUGUGCCAGCCACUUGGGAUGUUUGUUUCAAAAACAAUGUAAUCACUGUUCAGUGCUGUAAUUUUUUUUUAUACAUGUGUACAUCAGUUGUAUUGUCAGUGAAUCCAAUGACUUAUCAAUAAUGUGGCCUGACUACCAUAUUCGGGUUUUUGUUUUUUUUUUAAAAAAGGAUGCUCAAAAUAUUGUCGUCAUCCUUGCAUUAAGGAUGGUGACUGUGUUAUGUCGAUCCUUUUGUUUGUGUUAACUGGUGUGGACUGCACUGUAUGUCAGAAAUUGCAUUGUACACCAGAAUUUUGUGUGUGUGGUGUGUGUGUGUGUGUAUGUAUGUGCAAGAGAGACUUGUUUUCUUUCUUGGGGCCAGCUGUGAGUUUUGUAUCAUAUUUAAAGUUUUUUGUAUCAUGAAGAAAAUUAAAAUUUCAUGAAGGAAGAUUAAAGACAAU